AUGAAUUUCAUUAUUUUCUGUAGGUGGAGCGUUAUUUUAGUUCUCUCAGUGCAACACUUAGUGAAGAAGAAGUCUCACAUAGGGCUGUAUACCUCUGUAGAGAAACCACUCCAGGUCUUUCAAUCAGCAGCCAUACUGGAGGUAUGUACAGUGCACAAAUUUUUAAAUACCUGCUUAAAACGUUGCUGAAUCUUAGUAUGAUUAUGGGGUCAUUGGAUUAAUCAUCACAGCGAAGAGUUUCAAAGCAAUGUGCCUAACUCAUCUUUUUUCUUAUCUCCCAGGUAUUGCAUUGUGCAGUAGGUGAGUGAUUUCUCCAUACUAUGCAGUAGUGAUAUAAUUGCUAUCAUGAUAAUUUCUGUGUGUUAUUAAUGUUAUUGUUGUUAUUGUUGUGUAGCCACGACAAAAUAAAAAACUGUGUAUAGUCUCUUGUGCAUGUACAUGUACAUGACUGUACACAGAUACAUGACUAUAUUAUUUUUGUCUUUGAGAGUGAACUUGUUACUAUAUGAAUAAGGAAGCAUAACUAUAGUUAGGGUACCAUUGUUUCUCUUCUCGCUCACUAGUCACUUCGUCAGAUUAACCCAAGGAAAAUUUCAUCCAAAUGUGCUUAAAAAUUUUGGGGACCACCCACACAGCUGGGGACAACCCAUGUGGCUGAUGUGGACUCUGUUGACUUUUCCUUGCAUGGUUGCAAUUUGAAAACUCGUUGAUACAUUGUUUUUUUCCGGGAGUAUUUAAAACUCACAACAACAAGGAUGCAAAAAAAGUCGAUUCUAGAGAGCAAAAGAAAACAGUUUUUCAAAAUUGCAAGUUUACUGGCCUUAAUUAAAAGAAAGUCAAGACAGCGCUUCUUGCAAACACUAGGGAAAACUUACUACAACAAUGUCACAGCUUUUUUUUUCUGUAUUUUAUUUCCCUGAAAUGCUGUUGGGGUGGCGGGGGGGAGGGGGGAGGGAUUGGUAAACAAAAAUGGUCUGGGUUAGUACCUGUAAAAUGAAAUCGCAGAAUGUGACUCAACCCGAUGGCAAGCCUUCCAGAAAUUAAGUUUCCAACCCUGGAAAUGAAGUUAUGUAUUAUCACAUCCCCCUCAUUGCCCUGCACUUGGCUUAGCCUGGCAUAUAUUUCUGAUACAUGCAUAGGUGUGGGUUAAUUAUUUUUUGUUCCCUAUUCUAUUCUCCAGUGGUUUCCCUUCGGUUUCCUCCCUUGCCCACGCUUGUGAAGAAAACCUACCUUACUUAAAAAUCCCAAUUUGAUGUGGAGCACACAAACACUCAUAGGUUAUUCGUUAAUUAAAUAGAGCUCCACAAAAAGGUUGGCAAUUGGAAGAAUAAUAUUACAUUGAUGUUCAUCGGCAGGAUUAUUAUAAAUGAUUGUUUUAAAUAAUAAUGUAAGGGUUUGCCAGUGAUGUCUCAAUGUAUGUUUUUCUGCAGGUCUGGUGCCAUCUUCAGUUGUUUUAACUGCAUUUCAAGUUGCCUCCAGACUCUUUCUUACUUGGGCCAUUGCUUAUAGCGUUCCACAGGUGAGUAGGCUGGUGCGGGUCGGGCAGCCCAUCAUCAACUAAGUCCUUACCCCCCUUGAUAUGCACAGCGCACCUGGGCCCAAUCUGUGACUGAUGUGGUCUGUGUGAUUAGUGAGGUCAGACUGGAUAGGACUGGAUAAGAAUUGUACAUAACAAGUACAACCAUGCAUUGAAUUUGAGAAGAAAAAAAAACAACAACAACAACAAAAACAAUUAUAGUGAUGACUGGAUUAGACAGAUAUUCAGAAAGUCAUUCUGGUAGUUAGUUAGUUAGUUAAAUGUAGCUUGGUCGAGCACUAGCUUAGACAAAAUGGAUUCUUCCCCACCAGUCAGGUUGGUCUACCAUUGCUUUUCUGAGUUAACUGAUAAUGACGAACACAGUGUCCUCAAGCAGAGUGUGAAUAUACGUGGUUCUAGGUCUUCCUCUCGUAGUUUUUCCUUGUUGCGGCUGCCACAUCACAAGCUUCGAUUCCUCCUUCUGUGGGCUUUGUGUCUAACCCAAUGCCUAGCUACUCUCAUUCUUCUUUCUCUCAUCUUGCUAGAAAGCUUCCGUACAGAUCUUCAGUUGAGAUGUGGCCCCUCGAAGCAUCCGAGUAUAGGCGCCAUCAUUUUUUUCCUCUGAUUAGUACCAUUAACUGACGUGAUACAACUCACUUUGACUUUGAAGAUGACUACAAGAACAACAGUCCUAUUUAGGACCCCAGGGGGGUACUCCGGAUUUCAAGUGACAGGAAUGAUCGAAGGAUUGUUUUGGGUUUGAAAUUUUCGUUUUCGGGAAUUUUUUUGGGUAGGAAAAUUUUGGCAAGUAUUUUUUUGGGUAGCUUGUUUGAAGUAGGGAUUUUUUGGGGUAUUCAAAAGAAUCUAAAGAUGCGCGAUAGUUCCGCGAAACCAAACUUGUUUUAAUAUUUAACGCAUUACAUUGCAUCUUUUUUUCACUGCAUCAUAAAACCGGUUAAUAGAAUAUGUUCUUGGGUGUCUCGAGUGUUGUUACAAUGACCAAAAGAUGCGAAAAAGGUUCUUUCUCCAGAUGGUGUAAUGAAUAAACAAACACAAACAUUCCAUUACUAAUGUUUCUGUUUUUCGUGUCGUGUCAUUUAAUGCUUUCUGCAAAUUUUCAUGGCUCGGAAAUUCGGCAUGGGAUUUUUGGGGGUUAAAUUUUGGUCCAAGGAUUUUGUGGGUUUUGUUUGAAGCCCUAGAGAUUUUUUGGGUUUUGAUUUUUACCCUCAUUCAAUCAUCCCUGUCACUUAAAAUCCGGAGUACCCCGCCUGGGCCGAGUUGUUCAAAGCUGGGUUAAGAUAACCCAGGGUUAGGGCUAGAUUUGAAAUCAGAUUUGAAAGCUUAAAAAGCACUUCAGUCUUUUGGUCUAAAAGUUGAUGAUUGGGAGCUCUAAAAAAAACAGAGAAUUAUCCGAGAAAAUUUUUUUAAACACAAGAAAAAGAAACUCGGGUUAAAUUUAACCCCGAGUUAAGCGCUAACCCGCCUUCGAAGAACCGGGCCCUGGGUUCUACCUCAUCCGGACGAUCAUGCUCCACCUACUUAUGAAAUAACUCCUGGGUUCAAACCUUUCAUACUUAACGUAUAAUUGUGUUUACUUUGUUUAGAUUCACGACAGUCCUGGAGUUACUGCUUUCAUACUAGCAUGGUCCAUUACAGAAGUUAUUCGUUAUGCUUUCUAUGCAUUCUCUUUGCUCGGUAGUCUGCCUUAUUUUCUUCAAUGGUGCAGGUUGGUCAUGUUUUUACUGCUUGUAUUGUUUAGCAAACANCUAGCAUGGUCCAUUACAGAAGUUAUUCGUUAUGCUUUCUAUGCAUUCUCUUUGCUCGGUAGUCUGCCUUAUUUUCUUCAAUGGUGCAGGUUGGUCAUGUUUUUACUGCUUGUAUUGUUUAGCAAACAAUCAAUGUUAGAUUCUGAACUAAAAUGCUCUCUGCUAUCAUGAACCAUUUGGCAAGAAACAGUCGCGUGCAACAAGAUACUGCUGCAUUAGCCUCCUCCUCCUCAGGCGCGGAGGCGAGCGCGAAACGCGAGUCACACGCAAGUCACACGCGGGGGAUUGGUGACGAAGCGCAAGGGACCACGGAGAGGCAUAUGAGUACGAGGCAGCUGCUGCAUAAUUUACUCCACGAAAUAAUAAACUUAGAUUAUGGCAUUGAUCGUGCCACACAAAUUUGCUUGUGAAGACAAAGUGGAAUAAGAGUAUGAGCAUUCGCAAUCAACCACACAAGAUGAAUGAGAACUGCACUGCAGUAGUCACUAAAUAAAUAAAUAAACUUGGGUGUCCUUUCUCCUGUAUUUUGAAGUUUCCGUAAAAACAAACAAACAAACAAACAAAAAUGCCAGUCUUCGCAGAUCACAUACAGUGGCCUUCUUUAACGGGCAUUGUAUCUUAAUUCCACUUAUCAUGCACAUAAUUUUCGAUUAAGAGCACUUGUCAAUAUAUAAAGUCGUGAUGAAGAUGCUGAUCUAGUUCAGUUUAAGCUGUCUGAGAUUUCGAUUUUAAUAUCCUAUUUGUUUAUUCUAGAUAUACCUUCUUCUUUAUUCUUUAUCCCAUUGGUGUAACGGUGAGUAAAGUAAUACUGUAACUUAAUGUUUUAUGUUUUGAGAACAUGAUAUGAAGCAGUCACGGAACGAUGAUUAUUCUACUUUCUUGGUGCGUUUUUACGGGAAAAUUCAUGUAUCUUGAAAACAGAUUUUGUGUUCUUUUACUAAGUUCGAAAACGGAUUUGGUUGUGAAUCCAAAUCUAAAAACAUUUUUGGUACCUUUUGUGCAUUUAUGGACAUAAACGAUGUCGUUUACACGUUUUUCUUUUGCCCACCGAAACAGGUGCAUGUAGAGAAGCGAGACUAUAGUACUGACACAGACGAACACAAAAUGUAGCAAUUGCAUAACCCUGGACAGAGGCGGAUCCAGGAUUUUUCGUAGGAGGGGGUGCACUACUAAGGAAUGGCGUAGUUGACUGGUGACGAAAACAAAUUUUAAUAACGAAUACGAAGAAGAAGGCUUUCGACUAGGCAAUAACAUAAUGUGAACUGCUGAGAAUACAUAUCAAAUGAUAAAGCAGAUUUUGCAUAACUGUGAAGCAGACUGCACAGUGUUAAUUAGAAAGCCGCAGGUCAUUUCAGGGGGGGGGGGUGCGCACCCCUGCACCCUCCCCCUAGAUCCGCCCCUGCUGGAUAAAGAGUAAAAAAUAAAUAAAUAAAUAAAUAAAAAUGACGAAAAAAGUAACAACAAUAACAAAACUCUAAAUGCAGAUUAUCAAAAUGUCUCAUUGUCAAAAUGUAACAAAAAAGGGGAAGGUUAUUUAUACCUUGCUUAUUUUAUUGAUUUUCAGGGCGAGCUUGUGUCAAUAUAUUCUUCACUUCGUUACGUAUCCAAGUCUGGUUUGUACAGCGUGUCCAUGCCAAAUGCUGUUAAUUUCUCCUUCGAUUUUCAUCUCUUCCUCAUUAUGGUGAUGUUGUCUUACAUUCCAAGUAAGUUCCAGAUGUCCUUGUUGUCUGUGCAACGCCAAAACCGGUUUUCCCUCGGAAACCAGUGGUGACGUCUUGUUUUCAACUGACGUCUGACGAACGUGCACAUAAAUUUCAUAGUUAUGACGUUUCACUUCGCAGAUAUGGGUUUAGUAGAAGUUCUCAAUGUGGUUGACCGUCAUCCGUCAAACGGAUUAAGACGGAAUUUAUUAGGAAAUUGAGUAAUUUUAAUCUUCAGUGGACAAAAACCUUGUACCAGCAUAAUUUUAAAGCAUAUUGCAUUCUUUUUUUACAUUUUUGAACGGCUAUAGAUGUAAUUAGUUAUCUGUAAUAACACCAAAGAAAAUUUCGCAUGGGAGUACGAGAACAUAACUGUUCUAUUGGUACUGGCUCGUCCUCCUCGUCAGUAUGGAAUUUCUGCCCCCAGUCUUCAGACGUCAUUUCUCGGGGAAACCAGUGGUGACGCCGCUAAAUGUCAGCUGUUUUCUCAGGCUGCGGUGUCCUGGGUUUUAGAUACUUAAAGGACGUGUAUUAUUAUCAUUGUACAGUACGAUUAACUUUUAGUUUUCUCAAAGCUCUCAAGAAUUAAAAUAAUCAAAUAAAGUAAGCCGUUAAUUAAAACAAGCAAAAAUAGCCAGUUAAAUGUAUACUGGUAGCUAUUUUAUUAAAUCGUGAAGGGUGUAUAUGUGCAGGAAAUGUGUACGGCAUAUUAUGUAUUGCUUAAGUACUUGUAGCGCGUAACGUUCUUACAGUGAAUGUAUUUAUGACUGAAUAUUCUUGUCUGAAUAUUCUCUAAUGUGCUUUUCUUGUGUGAUCAUUUGCAGUUUUCCCUCAACUCUACUGUCACAUGAUCCGCCAAAGAAGAAAAGUGAUCGGUGGAAAAAAGAAAUCUGUGUAA